AUGCAUCCCUUUGACCCUCUGACACCCAGGGAAAUCACCAAGGUCGCGGCCAUCACCCGCCCUCUAUUCCCGGGAAAGAAUCCAAAUUUUCGUGUCAUUACCCUGAAGGAGCCUCUGAAAGAGGAGAUGGUCCACUUCUUGGAUCAGGAACAUCGCGGGCUGCCUGUUACCACACGUCCUGCUCGCAUCGCUCGAGUCCAGGUUGUCAUCCGUGAUGAUUUCGGAUCAAACCAGUUAAUCGAGUUGUUCAUUGAUCUUGACAAAGCGGAAGUGACCAAGCAGCAACACCUCGUGGGAAAACAUUCCUUUAUCGAUUCCGAGUAUAUGAAGGCUGUUGAGAAAGCUUGCAUGGCAGAUGAGCGAGUUCAGAAAGAAAUACAGACGCUCAAUUUACCUCCCAAUGCUUCUGUCGUUGUCGAAGCUUGGGCAUAUGCUACGGAUGGGAUGAAUGACAUGUCACAGCGCACAUCAAUGUGCUGGUUUUAUAUGCGUCUCCUCGACAACCCGGAUGCCAAUUACUACGCUUACCCAUUGGAUCUAUGUGCUGAAGUGUCGGAGCAGCUUCAGGUUACCAAAAUUUACCGGCUGCCAUCGUCUGAGAAUGAGCGUGUCCACAAUAACUCGCAACCCUUUGAUCACAACAAAAUCCAUUCAACCAUGGCUAGCGAAUAUCAUCCCAGUUUGCGGCCACCACCGCGCGCAACCACAAAGCCUUACCAAGUGGUGCAGCCGGAAGGUCCGUCGUUCAAAACGCACGGCAAUCUACUCACAUGGGAGAAGUGGCAGAUGAGAGUUGGAUUCAAUUACAGAGAAGGCCUCACUCUCCAUGACAUUCGUUACGACGACCGUAGCCUCUUCUACCGUCUCUCUCUUGCUGAAAUGUUUGUACCUUACGGCGACCCCCGUUCCCCGUAUCCUCGCAAAGGUGCCUUCGACCUGGGCAACGACGGCGCGGGAAUCAAUGCGAAUAAUCUGCGCCUUGGAUGUGAUUGCCUAGGCGUGAUUAAUUAUUUUGACGGCUGGCACAAUACCAGCUCUGGGGAACCCAUGAAACUACCCAACGUUGUCUGCUGUCAUGAGCAGGACGACGGGAUUUUAUGGAAACACACCAAUUUCCGGACCCAGAAUGCGGUAGUCACACGUUCCCGUAUCUUGGUCCUACAAACUAUCAUCACCGUCAGUAACUAUGAGUACAUAUUUGCAUUCCAUUUCGGCCAGGAUGCAUCGAUCCACUACGAGGUUCGCGCAACAGGGAUUCUAUCAACCUGCCCUAUUAACAUUGGCGACAAAGUACCCUAUGGCACUAUUGUAGCACCAGGUGUGCUAGCCCCAUAUCACCAACAUCUAUUCAGCCUCCGCAUUGAUCCCUCCAUUGACGGCCACGCCAACUCUCUGCAAGUCGAAGAGUCCAACCCCAUGCCUCUUAACGACCCAACCACCCACAAUCCUUUUGGGGUGGGCUAUACAACAAGCUCAACCAUAGUCCAGAACGAAGGCGGACAUGAUCUCGACUUCACCAAAAGCCGACGCUUCAAGAUCAUCAACGAGCAGAAAAUAAACCCCAUCACUGGCACGCCGGUAGGGUUUAUGCUUAAUCCGUGCUAUAGCCAGAUGCUCCUGGCCCAUCCAGAGUCUUUCCACUCGAAGCGAUCCGAAUUCAGUAAUCACGCUGUUUGGGUUACUCGUUAUGAUGACGAGGAGAUUUUCCCUGCGGGUAGACAUACGAUGCAGUCUACAGGUGGCGAGGGGAUCGCUUCGGGGAUUGAGCAGCGUCGUAAUGAUGACACUGCCAAAACCUCGGUCCGUAAUGAGGAUAUUGUAAUCUGGCAUACCUUUGGAUCAACGCAUAACCCGCGCAUUGAGGACUGGCCCGUUAUGCCGUCUGAAAAGAUGGUCGUUGGUCUAAAGCCUGUUAACUUCUUCGCUGCCAACCCUGGUCUGGAUGUUGCGGUUUCGACACAAGAGGAGAAUCAAAGUGUUCUGGUCGAAGGUGGAAAGGAUGAAACAUGCUGCAAAUUGUAG